UCAUUUUUUUGUAAAUUCUUUCAUUAUCGGCGAGUGUAAGAAGAAGAUCCGAUUUUUGGUUAUUGCAUGUAAAGGUUAUUAUGUGUAUGAUACAAUAGAAGUGAAUCUGAAAGCACAUUUACAUUAUGUUACAUUUUGAGGGACCGAAUAUGGAUGAUUAUGAACAAACCUAUGAAUAUGGAUACGAUGACUACGGAGGACAUACUGGUGAUCCCAGUUUGGAUGAAUACAAUAGGCAACAUUUUAAGAUACCUGAUAGCGUAAAAAAUUUUCUGGUAUACUUUCGUAAUAAUGUAAACGAGGGUUUAGUUUUUGAACUUCAAGCACUAUAUGAAAUCAGUUGGCCAAAACUGACUGAGGAAUAUUUUGAGAAACGAUCAUGGCCAGAGGAAUCUGAAGUAGCUGCCAUUGUGGACAGUGAUCCUGUAUUCAUGAUUUUGUAUAAAGAACUUUACUUCCGGCACAUCUAUGCGAGAAUUCAGGGUGGACCAACUUUAGAACAACGUUUCAACUCUUUUUACAAUUACUGUGAUCUCUUCAACUACAUUCUCAGCGCUGAAGAACCAGUACCAUUAGAAUUACCAGACUUGUGGCUGUGGGAACUUAUUGAUGAAUUUGUCUAUCAAUUUCAAUCCUUCGCUCAAUAUAGGGCACGUCUACAAAAUAAGAAGCCCCAGGAGCUUGAAACGCUGAAUUCCAACAACAAGGUAUGGAAUGUGCUUUGUGUAUUGAAUGUUUUACAUUCUCUUGUGGAUAAGAGCAAUAUUAAGCAACAACUGGAAGUAUAUGCAAGCGGUGGAAAUCCUGAUUCAGUAUCUGGUGAAUUUGGUAGCCAUUCAUUAUAUAAGAUGUUGGGAUAUUUUUCACUAGUGGGGUUGCUGAGACUCCAUUCAUUGUUGGGCGACUACUACCAAGCUAUAAAGGUUCUUGAGAAUAUCGAGGUCCACAAGAAAUCCCAGUAUGCUCACAUUCCAGCAUGCCAAAUAUCCACUUCUUAUUACGUUGGAUUUGCUUACAUGAUGAUGAGAAGAUACUCUGAUGCUAUUCGAACGUUCUCUUCUAUUUUGUUAUAUGUUCAGCGAACCAAACAGCUGUUUGCUUCAAAAACAUACCAACACGAUCAGAUCAACAAACAGACAGACCAGAUGUACCAUCUACUGGCAAUCUGUUUGGUACUCCAUCCUCAAUGCAUUGAUGAGUCUAUUCAACAGACUCUGAGAGAGAAGAGCUACCAUGAAAAGAUGUACAAGAUGCAAUAUGGUGAUCUGCAAGAAUUUGAGAAUUGUUUCGUUUACGCCUGUCCCAAAUUUUUAUCUCCUUAUCCUCCACCAAUUGAUUCUGUCCCAGGAGAUUAUUCUAAAGAGGCAAUUCAACAUCAGGUGGCCAUGUUCAAGGAUGAAGUGGCUCAACAAAAAACAUUGCCAACUAUUAGGAGUUACUUGAAGCUCUACACAACCCUACCGUUGAGUAAAUUGGCAACUUUUAUGUCCCAGAACAACAGGAUGAGCGACGGAAAGAGAGAUUUAGAUAAGGAGAUGCAGAAUUUGAUAAUUCACCUGUUGUGUUUCAAACACAAAAUGAAGAAUGUAGUUUGGUCCAAGGGGGCUUCUGGAUUGGAAGGAAAAUUCCAAAGUGGAUCAGAGGUGUUCCAUGACAUGAUUCACAUUGCAGACACAAAAGUAGCCCACCGAUAUGGAGAUUUCUUCAUUAGAAAGGUCUUGAAAUUUGAAGAUCUCAAUAGAAAACUGCAUCAACUAAAACUGUAAAGCAGUACAAUCAAUUGAAUUAAUUUUUUAAAUAAAAUUAGUUCCAAAAAU